UCAGAAUUCAUUUUCAAUCAAAAUCAUUCAUAAUAAGUUUCUCUCCCAAGUUCCGAUACUGAAAGAAAACAAAAUUAUAAAAAAAAAUGGCAUACAAAUCCCUAGAUUCCAUCACGAGUUCUGACAUCAAAUCUCUAGGAAUCUCCGAAGAUGUAUCUUACAAGCUUCUCAGAGAUCUCAAAGAUAUCACCCGUAAUCACGGCUCUGCCACGGAGAGAUGGAUCCAGAUUUCUCGACGGAUACUUCACCCUACUCUCCCUUUCUCUUUCCACCAGAUGAUGUAUUACGGCUGCUACAAAGAUUUCGGAUCCGACCCGCCCGCUUGGCUACCCGACCCGACCGUUGCUUCUUUAACUAACGUUGGCGGUUUGUUAGAGAGGCGUGGGAGAGAGUUCUUAGGUGAUAACUACAAGAAUCCUAUUUCGAGUUUCUCAAAGUUUCAAGAAUUCUCAGUAUCUAAUCCUGAGGUGUAUUGGAGAACUGUUCUGGAUGAGUUGAACAUAAUCUUUUCUGUACCACCUAAGUGUGUUUUAGAGAAGGACACAUCUGGAGACAAUCCUGGAGGUAAUUGGUUUCCUGGAGCAUACCUGAACCCUGCAAGGAACUGUUUGAGUAAUGGUUCAAAGAGAAGAUCAGAGGAGAUUGUGAUCCGAUGGCGUAACGAAGGAUGUGAUGAUCUUCCUGUUAAAACCAUGACGCUUCUUGAGUUACGGUCACAUGUUUGGUUAACUGCACAUGCUCUUGGUGCCUUGGAUUUGGAGGAAGGGUCAUCAAUUGCGAUUGAUAUGCCAAUGAACGUUGAGUCUGUGAUUAUAUACCUUGCCAUUGUUUUAGCAGGCCACGUGGUUGUUUCUAUAGCUGAUAGCUUCUCUCCCCGUGAAAUAUCAACACGGCUUAAAAUUUCAAAAGCGAAAGCUAUAUUUACUCAGGAUGAGAUCAUUCGUGGAGAUAAAAGUAUUCCCCUUUAUAGAAGAGUCGUUGAUGCAGAAGCACCCUUGGCCAUUGUUAUUCCAGCGAGAGGCUCAUCUGUCAGUAUGAAGCUCCGUGAGAAUGAUUUGUCUUGGAACGACUUUUUGGGAAAGGCAGGAAAUAUGAGAGGCGUGGAAUAUAUUGCUGUAGAGAAACCAGCAGGAGCUUGCACGAACAUCCUUUUCUCAUCAGGAACCACCGGUGAGCCAAAGGCUAUUCCAUGGACGAACAUAUCUCCUCUGAAAUCUGCUGCUGAUGCUUGGUGCCAUUUAGAUGUUCAUCAGGGAGAUGUUGUUGCUUGGCCUACCAACCUUGGGUGGAUGAUGGGUCCGUGGCUCGUUUAUGCUUCCUUGAUAAAUGGGGCUUGCAUGGCAUUAUACAAUGGAUCACCCCUUGGUCCUGCCUUUGCCAAAUUUGUGCAGGAUGCUGAGGUAACAAUGCUAGGUGUGAUACCAAGCAUUGUUCGGACAUGGCAAAACUCAAACUCGACUUCUGGCUAUGAUUGGUCACGAAUCCGUUGUUUUGGUUCCACUGGUGAAGCCUCGAAUGUAGACGAGUAUCUAUGGCUGAUGAGCAGGGCUCAUUACAAACCUGUUAUUGAGUAUUGUGGCGGAACUGAGAUUGGAGGUAGUUUUAUCACUGGUUCUUUACUCCAGCCUCAGUCACUGGCUGCUUUUAGCACAGCUGCCAUGGGUUGCAAGCUUUUCAUUCUCGGUGAAGAUGGCAAUCCUCUUCCUCCAGACGCAGAAGGAGUAGGAGAAUUAGCUCUUUGUCCACACAUAUUUGGAGCUUCUAGCACUCUUCUUAAUGGAAAUCACUACAAAGUUUACUUCAAAGGAAUGCCCACAUUCCAAGGACAGACUUUAAGAAGACACGGGGAUUUAUUUGAACGGACUUCAAAAGGAUACUACCGUGCUCACGGACGUGCUGAUGACACAAUGAAUCUUGGUGGUAUAAAGGUCGGUUCUAUUGAGAUCGAACGAGUCUGUAACUCAGUUGAUGACUGCGUCCUGGAGACAGCAGCCAUCGGUGUUCCACCUCCCAGUGGCGGUCCUGAGCAGCUAGUAAUCGCUGUUGUGCUCAAGAGCCCAGAGAUAACGAAUCAUGACUUGAACCUCUUGAAGAAGUCCUUCAACUCUGAGAUACAAAAGAAACUCAAUCCAUUGUUCAAGGUAUCAUCUGUUGUGACUCUGCCUUCCUUACCGAGGACGGCUACAAAUAAGGUUAUGAGAAGAGUUCUAAGGCAACGGCUUACUCAGACUGGUCUGAGCUCGAAGCUAUGAGACUAUUGUUUGCCAUUAACACUCAACAUUUGGUCCUUUGUUGUAUCAAAUCCACAUCCAUGUCUAUAUCAAUAAAUGAUUCUCAAGAAUAUAGCCUGUGGAAUAUGUCUUCUGUGAGUGUAUCAAAAGAUCCAUAAAUAUAGAGCGAUCUUUAUGUGAAUAUGUAAACGGUUUAUCAAUUAUUGGUGUUGUGGUGACUAGUCACG